GUGCAAACAUGGCGAACGUCGUCGCACUCGCCGUGGUCCUUGUCGCAGCCUUGCUAUGGUCCUUGCGUCGCAGAUUCGCGAAGAUAUCUUUGCGUGACGUCCCAGGUCCCAAGCCCCAGUCAUUCUGGCUGGGCAACCUCAAGCAGUUGUAUCUCCAACAAGUGGGCGAGGGAGAUUUUGAGCUCCAAAAGCAGUACGGCGGGAUUGCCCGUGUGCGUGGUAGCCUGGGGGGUGAAUCAUUGUGGAUUUCCGAUCCGAAAGCACUACAGUACAUCUACGUCACUUCCGGGUACAGAUUUACCAAGACCCCCGAACGUCGCGCUCUGUCCCGGCUGCACUCAGGCCACGGAUUGGUAUGGGCAGAUGGAGAGGAUCAUAAGAAGCAGCGCAAGGUCAUGCUCCCCGCAUUCCAGGCGCCGGAAACGAAAGCAUUGUUUCCCCACUUUGUUCAUGCAGCCGAGGCUAUGUCGGUAAAAUGGAAGGACAUCCUGACCACAUCCACUGGUCUGUCUGCAGAGAUCGACAUCCCUACCUGGCUCUCUCAGGCAACGUUGGAUGCUGUCGGGGAAGCGGCCUUCGACUAUCAAUUCGGCACAAUGGAAGAUACCGAAAGUGACCUCGUGCGCGCGUACCAUAAUCUCAUGCCUCUGGUGUUCAGCUUGCCGUCUGCCAAAGCGAUUUUCAAGUUCGACACCAUGCGACUCUUCUCCACUCGCAUUAUCGAGUGGAUUUAUGACCGUCAAAACAAUCCGGCCAUGAAGAAGGCUAGAGAGUGCGAACGGCUGACCUUGAAGAUUGCGAAGGAGUUGGUGGAUACGAAGGCAGAGGCGUUGAAGCAAGGCAAGGGAAGUAAGGAUGUGUUCAGCUUGCUCGUCAAAGCUAACGUGGCCGAGGAUGCGAAGUCGCGCCUGAGCGACGAAGAGAUGUACGCCGAGAUGCGCACCAUCCUGUUCGCAGGACAUGAGACGACGUCCUCGGCUAUCGGCUGGACCAUCCUGGAGCUUGCGCGGCACCCCGAGGAGCAGACACGGCUCCGCCAGGAGAUCAUCAGCAAGCGGAGCAGUCGCGGCGGCGCCGAGCUCACGGCUGCCGACGCGGAGAGCAUGCCAUACCUGCAGGCUGUCCUGCGCGAGGUGCUGCGCUUCCACCCGAUCAUCAGCCAGACCUUCCGUGUCGCGGUGCGCGACGACGUACUGCCGCUCUCAAAGCCCCUCACGACCAAGUCGGGCAAGGUGCUCGAGAAGCUACCAGUCCCAAAGGGGACACGCGUGAUUCUAUCUAUUGCUGCGUAUAAUCGCGAUCCGGACCUUUGGGGAAGCGACCCGCACUCGUUCGACCCUGAGCGUUGGCUGGACGGCCGGGUCAAGAAGGGUCAGGCACUAGGCAUAUUUGGAAAUCUUCUUACAUUUGCUGCAGGUCUACGAGGGUGUAUCGGCUGGAGAUUCGCCGUCUACGAGAUCCAGGCUUUCCUGAUCGAACUCAUACAAAAUUUCGAGUUUGUGCCAACCGAAGAUAUAAAGAGGCUGCGCAGAGAGCUGUGCGGUGUCAUGGCCCCGAUGCUCGAAGGCGACAGAGGCAACAUCCGCUUGCCAGUUCGCGUCAGCCUGGUUGACCACGAAGCCUAGCCCGAAGUGCAUGCCUCGGGAUGCAAUGGAUAGGCGCUACUAGACCAAAGAACUAUGAUUUGUGCAUGUAGACUGCAUCUCCAUUGCCGCUACUUAGCGAUGCAGGCCUUAAAUGUAUCCAGAACGUUGCUAGUUGCUAUGCGAGAUUAUGUCUUUCACUCGGUUUUUCAUGCCGUGGAGUCAUGAUUAAGUAUUCUCUCCACUCUUUCGUAUUGUUCGUCUUCAAAUACUUCGGGAUUAAACUUUCCGC